AUGCGAAGUUCAUUAUUGUGGCAGCUGCUGGCAGUAGCAUCACUCAGUGCUGCAAAAUCCCUACCCCCACGAAAUUACGCGACCCACGACUAUUACGCCAUACAUCUCUCGCCCUCGACCUCGCCUGCCGAACUAGCGGAGAGCCUAGGUUUGGCCUAUGAAGGAGCGUUGGGUGAAAUACAGGAUCAUCAUGUCUUCAAGACGAUAAAGCAGGACGCCGAUGUGGUCCAGGACGCCGUGGAAGAGCUGAAGAGGCGGCGGAGGAAACGAGACGUGCCAUUCGAGCUUCACCCGCUGGAUGCAGUUCGAUACACCAAAAAGGCAAAACUAAAACCGCGGAUGUGGAAGCGAAAUGUGCCUCCGCUUGUGCAAAGGGCAGAAGGCGGUGAUGCCGUAACGCAGCAGAGGGAGAUUGCGAAUAACCUCCAGAUUAAAGAUCCAGAAUUCAAUGGGCAGUGGCAUCUGUUCAACACGGCGACGCCUGGAAACGACCUUAACGUUACCGGCGUCUGGCUACAAGGCAUCACCGGAAAGAACUCCACUGUCUGUAUUAUUGAUGAUGGUCUGGACAUGGAUAGUGAAGACCUGAAGGACAACUACUUUGCCAAGGGUUCAUACGAUUUCAACGACCACGUCGACGAACCGAAACCACGCCUUUCUGAUGACAGGCAUGGAACGAGAUGUGCUGGAGAGGUCUCUGCUGGGAAAAAUAAUGUCUGUGGCGUGGGUGUCGCCUAUGAAUCACGUAUCUCAGGAGUCCGAAUUCUUUCUGGUGAAAUCUCGGACAUUGACGAAGCCCUGGCACUCGAUUACGAGUUGCAGGAGAACGACAUUUACUCCUGUUCCUGGGGACCUCCUGACGAUGGCAAGACUAUGCUAGCCCCGGAUGCGUUGCUUGAAAAGGCUAUGAUCACAGCAGUUCAGACUGGCCGUGGCGGAAAAGGCUCAAUCUACGUAUUUGCAGCCGGAAACGGGGCUGCUAGCGACGACAAUUGUAACUUCGACGGAUACACCAACAGCAUAUAUAGUGUCACCGUUGGCGCUAUCGAUAACAAGAACAACCACCCCUACUAUUCCGAGGCGUGCUCUGCUCAACUUGUAGUUUCCUACAGCAGCGGCGGUGGUGAUGCUAUCCAUACUACCGAUGUUGGGGUGAACAAGUGUACCAAUGGUCACGGCGGUACGUCCGCAGCUGGACCGCUCGUAGCAGGCGUUUAUGCCCUCGUCCUUGAAGUUCGGCCCGAACUCAGUUGGCGGGAUAUCCAAUGGCUUACCGUCAUGACUGCUCUACCUUUCGAUCAACCUAGUGAUUGGACCACCACUAAGAUUGGGAAGUCUUUUAGUCAUCAGUUUGGAUAUGGCAAAAUGGAUGCUGGCGCCAUCGUGGAAGCUGCUAAAACCUGGGAGCUUGUCAAGCCUCAGGCCUGGUAUUGGUCUCCCUGGAUGCAUGUCAAGCAAAAGAUUCCGCAAGGAGACAAGGGUCUUGCCAGCGUUUUCGAAAUCACUGAAGAGGAAAUGAGAACGGCAAAUCUCGAACGAUUGGAGCACGUUACUGUCACCAUGAACGUUGAACACACUCGCCGCGGCGAUCUCAGCGUCGAACUCAUCAGCCCUUCUGGUAUGACCAGCCAUCUUUCUGUUACUCGGCGCGACGAUGACUUCCGUGGCGGCUACAGCGACUGGACCUUCAUGACUGUAGCACAUUUCGGCGAAUCUCCCAUUGGUAAAUGGACUAUUGUCGUCAAAGAUACCAAAGUCAACGAACACGACGGGACUUUCACCGACUGGAAGCUCCGCCUCUGGGGCGAAUGCAUCGACCCCUCAACCCAAAAACUCCGCCCCAUGCCCACCGAGCACGACGACGACGAUCACGAUGCCAUCGCGGCCCCCCACCACACAGUUUCCGUCAGCGUCCCAUCUGACUCUCCAACCGCCGCCCCUAAUCCCUCGGACCUCCCAACGCGCCCGGUAAACCAGAAGCCAACCCCCCAAGGCCCCUCCUCCACCGCCCCCUUCGAACCGCCUACCCAAGUCACCUCCGCUCCCACCUCUUCGCCCACUUCUCCCUCUGAUCAAGAGCACGACCACUUCCUCCCCCACCCCUUCCCCACCUUCGGCGUCUCCAAACGCACCCAGGUCUGGAUCUACGGCUCGCUCGCGUUAAUCCUCUGCUUCGUCGUCAGUCUAGGCUGCUACUUCUAUCUCGCGCGGCGCAAGCGCCUCCGCAAUAACCCGCGUGACGACUACGAGUUUGAAGUUCUCGACGACCGGGGCGAGGACGACGAAGGCGCUGCGUUAACCGGUGGUCCCGGAAGGAGGGGGAGGAGGAGGGCGGGCGAGCUGUAUGAUGCGUUUGCCGGGGAGAGCGAUGAGGAUGUGUUUAGUGAUGAUGAUGAGCACGUCGCGGGUGUAGGAGGUGUGUACAGGGAUAUGGAUGAAAAGGAUCAGGGUGCUGAGGAGUUUGAUGAGAAGGCGCAUCUCAGAGGAAGAGGGAGUGGGAGUUUGAGUGAUUUUGAGGGCAGUGGAAGUAGUGGGGCGAGGUAGUUGGAAGAUGAAAGGGUGCGUGUGUUAAGAUUAUAGAGCAUUGUUUGAGUCGCGGUUUCGUAGCGGCGUUUUAGGUGGAUUAGUAUAGCAUUGCGUAGGUAACGUCCGUCCCUGCGUGGUGAGAAACCCACCGUGGCGCGAAAAACAAUAGGUACAUUGAGUUCAAGUAACUCAGAAUCUGUGCACACAUCAAUAUUUCCCACAGUUCUGUAU